AUGCCAGUCUUCAAUUCUAGCAGACUCUCAAGGCAGACAAGCAUCAUUCUCAUGGAGCCGUCGAGCGUGGAUCCUGUCAAACCUGAUGAUGGCGUCGACAUGACCCAGAUUUCCAUUAUGGAUGCAAAGAAUGAUACAAUCUUCCAUAUAUCUAUUCGCCAAGGUCAGGGUCAAAUCAUUUUCAACUCCAAGUUUGGUGGAUCAUGGGGUGAGGAGGAGGGGAUCGACAUUGACCGUCGAUUCGACAGUGAAGAUGGUGCGACAAUUUUGAUUCACGGCCAAGGAGAAGGCUUCGAAGUUUCCAUUGACCGGGUCCAUGCAAUUUGGUUUUCUAAACGUACUCAGGGCACGACACCACAGUCAAUCCAGUAUGAUCUUUGGAACAAAGAGGGAACUUCUGCUUUAGUCGAGGAUCUCGAAGUGCGAACCUAUCCUUCGAUGAAAGCUUUGUUCCUUCAAAAACAUGCUCACGAGGAGGAGAAGUAG